AUGUUUUACAGCCACGAGAUCCUUUGCAACAGCCAGUAUGGCGUCGCGACGAUCUGGCUUGCCGCAACGGUGGCCAAGGGCAACGCGGUUGGCAAAGGCGGCCUGCGCCCUUUGACCAGAAAGGCCGUGCAAGAAGUCAACGUCCCCAAAGCGUGCGCGACCAUCAUCGACCCGGGAGCGCCCCUUGCGCUGCGUCUGCAGAGCAGUCUUCUCUUUGGAGUCUCGCGCGUGUUUGCCCAGCAGUGCACCUACGUCCUCUCCGACGCCGAGAAGAUUCAGUCCGACAUGAUGACCUUCUUCCGCGUCCUCCAGACCAGCGAGCUUGACCCGCAGGCUGGCAAGACAAAGCGCCACAACAUCGUGCUCGAGGACGACCCAUCCUUUGACCUCUUCAAUGCACUGCCCAACUUGGACUUUCUUCGCGGAAGCGUGGAUAAUCUCUUUGGAGUGCCCAGCCAAGGAUCCACGAACAAGUACUCGCAGAUGACUCCGCGCCGUCAGAGCCAGUCCAGCCUGUCGUCACUCAGCAACCCGGCUCUGCUGCCGUUCGACCUCCCAUCCUCUCUCUGCGCCGGCAGCUUUCAUCUUCCCUCCGAGUUUGGACAUCAAGAUUCGCCUCUGGCAGGCAAAAGUCGCGAGCAAGACAACAUGCCAGAAUUCAUGCCCUUCGGAGACGACGACUUGGACCCCAUCCCCAAUGUCAGCCUCGAUUUCGACGGCGAUGGCAACCUCCUAGGUAUCUUUGACCAAGAGCCCGAGCUACCUCCUCUUCCUGAAUUUCCAGGAGACGAGUUGCAGCUAGAUCAAGGCAACGCGGGUGUAGUUGGCGAACCCGAGGUGCAACCACUUCCCGCAGCCGGAGGCGACCCGGAGUUCGGCAUGGGUGAAGGCGCACUCCCAAACGACGGGCCGUCCGUUGCGCGUCUGGCAACCGAACAACCCACCGAAUCAUAUGCCAAAACGUCUCAGACCACUGAGACUGAGGAGGUAUCUGCCCACAACCGACACAUUCGACGAAAACCCUUCUCAAUGAUCGACAAAACCGCCCACAUUCCUCGACAGGACAUUCGCAACUGGGAUGCCAACUACGCGGAGACCAUGGGACGCGAAACGAGCCGCAAACGCCAGAGGACAGUCAACCAGACCCAGGCCAGAAAGAACGCCCUUGCCUUGAUCUACGGCAAUAGAAUUGCCAACGUCGGUCUCGUCCAGGGCAUAUAUGGCAUCACUCACCCUUUGGCGGAGGAGUUCGCUGGCCGCACGCUCGAAGCUCACCUUCACGGACUCGAUCCCUCGGACCUUGAGCCCGAUGCAGUCAAGCAGAGAGGCCGCCGACGCAAGUCGCCUGAGGCCUUUGUCGAGGAGACCGCCGAGGAGGAAGGACAUCGCAACGUUCGUCCACGCAUUGAAGAAGACGCCGAGCUGGGCCGCGGUAACAUGAACGACGACGGCGAGGCGAUGAUCUUUGCCGAUGACACCGCCCCUGAGAUGGGCCUCGACCCGGCUGUGCCCUUGGAAGAGCGCCAUUCUUCCUCGAUCAUGCCGUGGCUUCGUUCUGCCUCGGUCGCCCACGGCCAUGGAAGCACUCAGAAGCCCGCGCCCUCUCCCAGCCCUCUGCACGGCCGCGGCAGCGUCCUCGGCUCCAUCGAGCGACGCAGCGAUCCAGCCGAGCAUCCCUUCGGGCCCGCUGGUAUGGGCUCGGCGGACUCGUCCAUCGACUUUCGUGGCGACAUCAGUGCCCUCGACUUCAACCGCGGCAACGACACUCAGGCGUCGCACGCCGACGGCCUCGACAUUGCAAGCCAGGAGUUCCUGACUUACGCCACCGCGCAGGCCGUGGAGAAGGGCACAACCCGGGAUGCAGACAACGACGACGGCAGUGACGACGAGCGACGCUGGGUUUCGUUCGAAGACCUCGCACGCCCGGGCUCGCACAGCAAGGGCAUCGCCGCGCAGGCAUUCCUCCACGUGCUCUCACUGGCCACCAAGGGUGUCGUGGCGGUGCAGCAGGACGGCACGGAGGAGAAGCAGCCGUUUGGGACCAUUCAUAUUGGCGUUCCAGUCCAGCGAGCGAGGGAAGAGUCUCUCGACGAGCUCCUCUAA